AAAUAUGGGCCAGUCUCUGCAGAAAUUAGCUCCUGGUUCUGAAGAGAGAAAGAUCAAAGAGAUUAUUCCAAUUAUAGAAUCAUGCUAUGAAAAAAAUCUCAAGGAUGCCAAGAACCUCCAGUUCGAAGAAUUCUACCGUAUCAUAUGCGACAUAGUCGAGAAAAUCAACGAAAAUCUUAAAAACACGCAAUUUAAGCUGCCUCCAGUGAAUGAUCUAAAGGACGCAUUCGAUAAACAUCAUGGUGGAGAGAAGAGGAAGGAGAAGCUAGAAAAAGAAGAUUUCCAUGAGAUCCUUAAGGAAGUGAUGACAAAAGGGUCAUCAAUAGAGUUAUUAACAGGAAUUGGAGCAAAGGAAGCACUCAUGUACAUCUUUGGUGUCCCUUUGGCAACCCUUUUCCUCAAGCGCACAGCUAUGCCUAAUGCUCUUCGUGAUGACUUCUUCAUCCCUGGUGUUACUUCCCUCACUGUCCUCAUCCUUGCUGCCCUUAACAAGAUUUGAUGCCACUUUACAUUUCUUAAACUUGGGGGUUCAUUUAUAGGGUGCCAUGUUCUUAUUACCUUAGUUAGCAUGGUGAGAACAAAAAUGAUAUGUUCAUAUACAAAAUUAACCACCAAAUCAGACACUACCUAUUUAUUUAUUAAUAGGUGUUUGUACGUUCCUACGUAGAGGAAUUAAGUCAAU